UACAGUGCGAAAGCAUCUAAGCAUCUAACUUCAGAGCAGCUUACAUUAACACACGGUCCAACGGACUGUUCUCCACUACUCUACUGUUUCGUCUUUGUCUCGACGCCUGUGAAACUCCUCAAUCGGACCCCAAAAAGAGGGGAAGAUGUUAGUGAUGGAGGGGGUUGCAGAAAUUGGGACAUCGGAGGAGUGAAAAUUUCUCCGGCGAUCUCUCAAGUUUCGAGUCUCCUCAAUAAUGGCAGCACAGAUUCUUGGAAAACGUGUUUCUUGAGGUCCUUUGUCCGAUGAUUCAUGGACAGUUUAUAUUUAGCGGCUUCACUUCCCUUGCGCAGAGCGUGACCAAGAUUGGAAGCGAUUGAGAGAGCUCACUAAGUGAGGGAGGAGGAGUUUUGCAGUGUGUCGAUCAACGGAGGAAGGUGUCAUUUUUCGUUGUGUUUGUCGCCGGAUAACUUCAGAUACUAGCUGAUGGCUAUUGAGAAGUCGCCGGAUUCCCUACCGGCUGGUUGGAUUCGGGAGCCUAAGGAGCGACCGAACGGUAGGACAGAUUGGUACUAUAUUAAUUUGAAAACUGGAGAAAAGUGUCGUUCCAAGAUUGAAGUUGCUCGCCAUAGUAAAUCUGGAGAUCUCUGCAGUGUCACGCCUCAACCUAAUAGAAGAUUCUCAAGAGAUAAUAAGAAGCAACUUGCUGCGCAAAUGGAGGAUUCACCAGAGUGGUUGCCCACUGGCUGGAGUAUGGUGACCAAAACCAGAAAGAGUGGUAUGACCGCUGGACGAACGUACAAGUGUUACAUCUCAUCAACUGGAAGCAAAUUUUAUUCGAAGGAAGAGGUCUUCCGCUAUCUCAAGAAUGGGAAGAUACAGAGUCACACAUCUGAACCCAACAAAAGAGACACUGCAACACAUUGUCACUCAGCUGAACCGAACAAAAUAGACACUGCAACACAUUGUCACUCAUCUAAACCGAAGAAAAGAGAUGCUGCAGUGCAUUGUCCCACAUCUGAACAGAACAAAAGAGAUGCUGCAGUGCAUUCUACCAAAUCUGCAAGCAAAGUUGUAGUGGAGAAGCAUACAGCAGAGGGGUUGCCCCCAGGAUGGAUUAAGGAAAUCAAGGUUACUCAAAUGGCGGGUCGAACCAGAAAAGACCCGUAUUACAUCGAUCCUGUAACCGGCUAUGAAUUCCGCUCUUUAAAGGAUGUGUUUCGCUAUCUUGAAUCUGGUGAUCUUGGGAAGUGUGCAACCAAACCAAAGAAAAGGCAAAUCAGUGACAUGGAGUCUAUAGAUACAGAGAUCUCUCCACCUACUGCAGCAAAAACACACAAAAUAGCAGGUAAUGCCACAAGGAGAUGCCUCUUCACAGGCCGGAGCUCAAUAUUGAGUAAAGCAGUAGUAGAGGACGAACUGGUUCUGGAAUCCUCCUCUGUGGUGGAAAAAUGCUUAUCGUUGCCCUUUUUCGCUGUAGAUGGGGAAACCUCUCGAACAAUUAGUGAUCACCAAGAAUUUGAAGGCAUAAAGAAUGUGGAAGGGAAGAUGGUCGUUGCUGAAAGCAUGUCUAUAUCAGCUUCUGGAGCUGGCGUCUCUCAAGACACGCAGCUGUUGGAAAAAUUCCAUUCUGUAGAAGGGAAAAACUCUAAACUGAUUAGUGCAGCUCAAAAAUCUGGAGGUUUAGAGAAUACAGAAGAGAAGAUCUUCUGUGCUGAAAAGGGUCUUGUUUCAUCUUCUGAAGCAAAUGGCUUUGCAGAGAAGCGUUCUUCAGAGAAACCACAUGAUGCAGAUGGAGAAAGCACUGUACUGAUCAGUGAAGCUCUAGAAUCUGCAGGCUUAGAGAAUAUGGAAGAGAAGAUGAUCAGUGCUGAAAAAAGUCCUAUUUUAGUUCCUGCAGCGGACAUCAAGCAGCCUUCAGAGAAACUUCAUUCUGCGGAUGAGAAAAGCUCUGAACCAGUUAGUAUAGCCCAACAAGAAUCUGAAGGCUUGGAGAACAUGGAACACAAGAUAGCCAAUGCUGAAAAUGGUCUUAUUUCAGCUCCGUCAGCUGUGGUCUCUCCGGAUAAACAGCCCCUAGGGAAAAGUCUUGGAAAGCGUAAAACCAGGGCCCAGCUUCGCACAAUUAGUACCCAAGAUGGAAAAGAACUUCCCUUGCCUCGUAGGGCUUCAAAACGGAUUGCUGGGCUCCAAGCUGAGUUGGCACCAGAUUUAGAGAAUACUGUAGAGAAGAUCAUCUGUGCUAAAAAAUGUCUUGUUUCACCUCCUGAGGCAGAUGUCAUUGCAGAGAAGCAUUCUUCAGAGAAACCACAUGAUGCAGAUGGGGAAAGCACUGAACUGAUCAGUGAAGCUCUAGAAUCUGGAGGCUUAGAAAAUAUGGAAGAGAAGAUGCUCUGUGCUGAAAAAGGUCGUAUUUCUGCUCCUGCAGCAGAUGCCUCUCCAGAGAAGCAGCCUUCAGAGAAACUGCAUUCUGCAGAUGGGAAAAGCUUUGAACCAGUUAGCAUAGCCCAACAAGAAUCUGAAGCAUUGGAGAACAUGGAACACAAGAUAGUCAAUGCUGGAAAUGGGCUUAUUUCAGCUCCGUCAGCUGAGGUCUCUCCAGAGAAGCAGCCUUCAGGGAGCAGUCUUGGAAAGCGUAAAACCAGGGCCCAGCUUCGCACAAUUAGCACCCAAGAUGGAAAAGAACUCCCCUUGCCUCGUAGGGCUUCAAAACGGCUUGCUGGGGUCGAAGUUGAGUUGACACCAGAUUUGGGAAUUUCUGAACGGGCCCUUCGAAUGGUGGCUAAACAUUCUGUUAAUCUUGAAGCAAAUCCAGCUAUAGGUGUUAGUCCAAAUAGUUACAAUCAUCAGGCACCUAAAGAGGCCAACCCACUUGACGCUGCAGGUGAAGUAGUAACUACAGACCCACUUGACACUGCUGGUGAAGUAUUAACUACACCUCAUGCUUCGCUGUUAAAUGAAAAUGCAUCUAAGGUGGGUGAAAAUCCUAAUCAGGAUGAAGCUGCUCCAGAGGAACCCGCUGGAAAAUUUGAAAGUGAGAAACAGGCUACAGAUAAUCCGGGAAAGUUUGACAGUGAGAAACAGUCGACAGAGAAUUUAGGGGAAAGUGAGAAACAGUCGUCGGUGAAUCCAGGGGAACCCACGAAAAAGUUUGAAAGUCAGAAAGAGUACUCAGAGAAGCCAGUGGAUUCAUCUGUUGUCUUGCCUUUUGGGGACUCAUGGCCAGAUCCCUGCCUUGAAUUUGCAUUCAAGACUCUCACAGGUGCCAUUCCAGUGGAUGAUAAUCUAGUGAUUGGGGAUUACUUGCAAGAGAAUCUCAGCAUGCCUCAGGACCAGAGCUUCACACUACCAGAUCUUGGCUUAGAUGGCUUUUGUCAAACUGAUAUUAUGUUCCAGUUUGGUGCAACAGAGAAAUCAGCACCCAAACAGCAGUCUCCAGGGAAGCCUACAUGUACAUCUGUAGGAAAUUGUGGUAUGGAGGCUUCUGGAGAUAGUGCCUUACAGCAACCUAACGGGGAAGGGGGCAAAGAAUGUUGAGGGUAAACAAUUAAUAGUAGAAAUAGACCUAAAUCCACGUAAAAUGGUCUCUGUAAGAUUAGCUGAAGCUCUGUCUUGAGUAUCAUUUGACUAUGUGGCUUUCUUCAGGUCGGUGAGCUUAUGGAAUUCACCUUCCAUUGACAGAAGUUUAACAUUGUUAACAGUGUUAAAGCAACAACAGACGGUUUGUAUCAUUGUGAUGAUUUGUUGUAUACUUUGUGCACUCUCCAUCAAAACACCGUUUAGAGUUUACAGAAGUGUUUUUUUU